ACGCAGUGUCAUCAGUAACCAUCACCAUAAUCAACCAGCCGUAGCUUUGAGGUGUACAAUGUCCAGCUCAAAUAGACCUGUCCGGCCCUCCUAUACUCUCAAGCUGGCCAACACAAAAAAUGAAGUUGAAGCUUGCUAUGACAUCCGAAUGGAAGUCUUCUGUGUAGAGCAAGGGUUUACCGUUGAGGACGAAAUGGACGAGUAUGACCCUCACUCUUUCCAUUUCCUGCUCACCAUUCCCAUCUCCUCACCCCCCGACGUCUCCACUUCUUCUCUUCCGCCAACAAACGAUACACCUACUACGACUGAGAAGCCAAUCGGGACUAUUCGCUUCGUCCCGGGUAAAAGCAAACUUACGAGAUUGGCGAUUUUGAAAGACUAUAGAAAAUUUGGAUUCGGAAGGGUGCUUGUUGAAGGGAUGGAGAACUUUGUGCGCCAAAACGCAGUGAAGGAAUCACUUGGUAAAAUCAUCGAAGAACAAGGUGAAAAGUGGAUCACUAUCAAAUGUCAUUCCCAAAUACAUGCUAUCCCUUUCUAUGAAAAGCUGGGAUACGUCGCUAAAGGUCCUCAAUUCGACGAGGAUGGAGCGCCUCACCAACUCUUGGUUCAUCGUCUGCAAGUCGACGACGACUACAAAUCUGAAUAGGUGGGAGACUCAUAUUUGCAUGAAGAUAGACCGAUGUAUACAGGAUAAGAGAUUAUGAUCUAGAAACAAGGAACAGGCAUUCUAUCCUCACAGUGACUUUAACAUCAAUGACAAACACCCUUGUUCACGUAGCUGGUCAGAUCUUCUUUGCAAGCAACUUUUCCUUCUUCGCAGCUGCCUCCUGGGCCUUUUCUGUGUUUCGUAGACAAUCAUGAGCUCCGUACAAUGUUUGUAGGGAAGGGGACUCACCCUCGGCUUCAGCUUUUCGUUGAGCAGCAGCUGCCUCUCGUCGAGCCCUGACUUCUUGCAAUCGAGCCAAAUCUGUUUUGGCUUCCAUUGUUUUGCCUAGUAAUAAUUAUCCGUGAUCAGCUUAUAUGAAAUCAUCAGAUUAACAUGCUUCUCACCCUGGGCGUGGAGGUUCUGAUAUCUCUGUUCAGCAGCCUUCUUCUCUGCCGCCUCA